ACAGAGAUUGUUAGUACCAGAGUAAGCCCAAGGACGCACAACGAAGAGCAGUGACAAGGCUGACAACUACAGCGUACUAAAAUCAGGUACUUCUUACCUAAAAUCAGAACACUGAAGAUGGAGAAACAAGAGGAGGGAUAUGUCACCAGCAAUAUGCCUAAUCCACAGCCCACCUACUUUUAUUCAGCAUACCCUCCAUCAAACCCAAACCAUCAGCCACCGUAUAACCCUUCAGCUCCGGUGUAUAUGCCCCCUCCACCCAUGUACAGCGAACAGAAUCCGGUUUUGCCAGGCCCUUACCCACCUUAUGCUCAACCACAACAAGCCUUCCUUGCUGCAGACAAUGAUCCCAAAGUUAGAUGUGGAAGGAGAACCUCCAGAAUACACUAGUGGCAUGGGGGACAGUAGCCCUUUCUCAGAGAAAGCCAUCAGAAGAGCUUUCAUCCGGAAGGUGUAUAUCACUCUGGCCAUACAACUUACUAUAACUGUAGGAAUUAUCUGCAUGUUUAUUUUUUGGGAAACCUUAAAGGAAUGGGUACAAGACACACCGUAUUUUGCGUACGCGUUACUACCUGCCGUCCUCAUCCUGAUUAUGGUGCUUCUCUGCUGUGAGAAUGCUCGUCGGAAAGUUCCAUUUAACUUCAUACUUCUUGGGAUAUUUACGAUUGUUGAAGGUUGCAUGCUUGGAGCCAUUUCAGCACUUUAUGAUGUGGAUGCUGUGAUGUGGGCAGGCGGGGCAACAGUUGUAGUCACCUUGGGGCUGACUCUAUUUGCUUUGCAGUCCAAGUGGGACUUCACAAUAAUGUCUGGUGGACUGUGUUGUGCUUUGCUGGUUUUGUUGUGUUUCGGAAUGCUUUGUGCCAUCCUGAGGUCAUUCUGGUUAAACAUAGUGUAUGCCUGCAUUGGAACUUUCAUCUUUGGAAUGUACUUGGUUGUGGAUACGCAGUUAAUCCUCGGUGGAAAGCACCGCUAUUCAGUAAGCCCUGAGGAGUACAUCUUUGCUGCUCUUAAUAUUUAUCUGGACAUCGUGAACCUCUUCCUGCUUCUCCUGCAACUUUUUGGGUUGUGCCGCUAAAGCUUUGAACUGCGAACGACCAAAGCUCAAGGUUUAUAAAUGUGUUCAGGAUGUGAAGAAGGAGCGGAAACUGCAAGUUUCAAGAGGCAAACCUUUAUUAACGUCAGCACUGCAAACGUGGAACAUCCUGAAUCUCCACUUAAUAAAGCACUGUGGAACAUACUUACACCCGUAUCCUCACCUAAUACUUUUUAAUGAUGUUGUGAUCUGCACUUUUAACUUAUUUUUUAUUUCACAACGGAUGGACAUUUAAAACUGCUGUGAAUAGCUUGAUCAGAAAUAAUUUGUCUAUAUAGUUUGAUCUAUUAACACGCAACUACCAUUUAACUCUGCAGAACAACAAAUCUUAAUUUUACGAAUAUGAUUAUGAAGCUGGGGGGGGUCUCUAUUCAGUGCACUUAAAUAGGAUUUGGCAAAAUGACAUCUUGACGAUGCUGUAUUAAAUAUUCGGCGUUUAUAAUUUAACAUUAAAGUACGUUACAAUCCAAA